CUGACGUUGUUUGUUGGCUUAGAAAGGACAAUUUGACGUUGCACCUUCACGAUACUCCACGGAUGACCUUUUCUCAAAGGGUCGGUGCAUGUUCAGUACGCUCAACAAGGGUUUAAUACGACAUAUAACUGUCUCUGUGAGUCCACACUGGAGCAAAAGUCUGACACUUCAUCCUCCUGGGAUAUUCUUCUAUAUCCCGUUGUCCAACGAGUAUUGACCCCUCUGCAAAGGCUAGACUAGCUGUAGUAUCAACCUCUCCGACCAUGCGCUUCUCCAUCCCCCUCAUUGCUGCUCUGCUCGGCACGGCCUUGGCUGCGCCCCACGAUUUGAUUCUGGAGCGAACCCCUCAACGCAACGCACAAGCCGAUUACAAGAAGACCAUCGAACAGCGCGAGCCGCAGCGCAACGCCCAGGCCGAUUACAAGAAGACCAUCGAACAGCGCGAGCCGCAGCGCAACGCCCAGGCCGAUUACAAGAAGACCAUCGAGCAACGUGAGCCGCAGCGCAACGCUCAAGCUGACUACAAGAAGACCAUCGAACAGCGCGAGCCGCAGCGCAACGCCCAGGCCGAUUACAAGAAGACCAUCGAGCAACGUGAGCCGCAGCGCAACGCUCAAGCUGACUACAAGAAGACCAUCGAACAGCGCGAGCCUCAUGGUGACUCCGAAGAUGGCUACUAGGUACUGACUCUGGCUCUGUGAUGGGCGAGGAUAUUUCAGAGUGGUCAAGACACGGUGAAGGCUCACGGAACGGGACGAGGGUAUUUGCCACAUGAGCUCCAUGUCUCUAAGGUGCGAUACCGGCAUCACUAUUGGUAUUACUUGCAGUGGUGUGGUCAUACCAUGGAAGUGUUUUCUAGAUUUAAUUACAUCAGAUGACAUGGAUCAAAGACAAAUGCCAGACACUAUCAUAGCAACACAU